AUGGAGCAGUACAUCCAGGGACAAUCCAGGGAUUUGGUUGAUCAGGCAUAUGCAAAAUUUGUUACCAUAAUGUUUGUGACAUUGGACAAUAUUUCCAAGGCAGACCCCAAAUAUGCUGAUAUUGUGCUUCUAGAGAAUUAUGCUGCAUUUCAGAAUAGUCUCUAUGACCUGGCAAAUGUUGUGCCCACUUUAGCGAAAUUUUAUCACCAAGCUAGUGAAGCUUAUGAACAAGCUUGCACCCGUCAUAUCAGCAUGAUCAUAUAUUAUCAAUUUGAACGGCUUUUUCAGUUUGCCCGAAGAAUUGAGGAUUUGAUGUUUACAAUCACACCGGAAGAGAUCCCAUUCCAGAUAGGACUAUCGAAAAUGGAUCUUCGAAAGGUGGUGAAAUCCAGUUUAUCUGGGGUUGACAAAUCCAUCAGUGCAAUGUAUAAGAAAUUGCAGAAGAACUUGACCUCGGAAGAACUCUUGCCUUCCCUAUGGGAUAAAUGCAAGAAGGAAUUUCUGGACAAGUACGAUAGCUUUGCACAACUUGUUGCCAAGAUUUACCCCAACGAGACCAUUCCAUCGACAGAAGAAAUGAGAGAGCUUUUGGCAUCCAUGUAGAGAGAGACAGUUGUGCUUGUAAAUCUUCAGGAGUUCAUUUCAGAGUUCAGAUUUGUUUUAGUCUGCUGUAAGCAAUUUUCCCAUAUCUUCUUGUUUUUUCAUUGUAUUGGAAGAAGUAACAUUGUACCAUUUAUGCAUCAUGGGUGUUGUUACCUUUUUGCUUAUUCGAGGUUUGUUGCAUUUGUUUUUUUUUCCCAUUUUUAAAUGAAGAUGGGUGGACACGUACCAGGAAAGCCUUGCUAUUUUCGG